AUGAUUAACUCUUUUUCUAUCUGCUCCUAUCUAUCUAUCUAUCUAUGCCUCUUCAUAACUAUCUAUCUGUAUAUCUAUCCCUGUUCGUAUCUAUCUAUCUAUCUAUCUAUCUAUCUAUGUGUUCAUACCUAUCUACCUACCUACUUAUCUUCUGUUUUACUACCUGCCUUUAUAAUUCGUUUUGAACCAAGCUUUCGAGGUACCUUCUCGCGCAUUUCUCUCACUCUCUCUUCUCUCCCUCUUAUUUAUUCUCUCUCUUUCUCACCCUCUACUCCUUCUCUCUCUCUCUAUCUUCUUCGUCACCUCUCUGACUUCUCUCUCUCUCUCUUUCUCUCUUCUCCCAAUAAUCACUUCUCUCUCUCUUCUCUCCCUCUUAUUUAUUCUCUCUCUUUCUCACCCUCUUAUUCCUCUCUCUCUCUGUUCUUCGUCUCUCUCUCUUUCUCUUUCUCCAGCAAUCAUUUCUCUCUCACCCCUCUUCUCCCCCCCUCUUAUUUCUUCUCUCCUUCUCAACCUCUUGGCCUUCUCUCUCUCUUCUUCGUCACCUCUCUGACUUCUCUCUCUCUCUCUUUCUCUCUUCUACCAUAUCCUUCUCUCCUCUCUCUUCUCUCCCUUUUAUUUAUUUUCUCUUUCUCACCCUCUACUCCUCUCUCUCUCUCUCUCUAUCUAUCUAUCUAUCUAUCUUCUCUUAUUUAUUCUCUCUCUUUCUCACCCUCUACUCCUUCACUCUCUCUCUCUGUUCUUCGUCUCUCUCUCUUUUCUCUCUUCUCCAGCAAUCAUUUCUCUCACCCCCUCUUCUCCCCCUCUUAUUUCUUCUCUCUCCUUCUCACCCUCUACUCCUUCUCUCUCUCUCUUCUUCGUCUCCUCUCUGACUUCUCUCUCUCUCUCUCUCUCUUCUUGAUCCCAUCACCUUCUCUCACUCUCUCUUCUCUCCCUUUUAUUUAUUUUCUCUCUUUCUCACCCUCUACUCCUUCUCUCUCUCUCUCUCUCUCUCUCUAUCUAUCUAUCUAUCUAUCUUCCAAUCAUUUCUCUCACCCCCUCUUCUCCCCCUCUUAUUUCUUCUCUCUCCUUCUCACCUCUACUCCUUCUCUCUCUCUCUUCUUCGUCUCCUCUCUGACUUCUCUCUCUCUCUUUCUCUCUUCUACCGCUAUCACUUCUCUCACUCUCUCUUCUCUCCCUUUUAUUUAUUUUCUCUCUUUCUCACCCUCUACUCCUUCUCUCUCUCUCUCUCUCUCUAUCUAUCUAUCUAUCUUCGUCUCCUCUCUGACUUCUCUCUCUCUCUCUCUUUCUCUCUUCUCCCGCAAUCACUUCUCUCACCCUCUCUUCUCUGUUUUCUUUCUAUCUAUUCUUUUUCUCUUUCUUUCUCUCUCUCUUCUUGCCCUCUAUUUCCUCUUUCUCUCUCUUUCUAUCUCUCUUCUCUCUGACUUCUCUCGCUAUCUUGUCUCUAUCUCUUCUAUUUCUCUAUUCUCUCUCGACUCUUUAUUUCUUCUUUCUCUUUCUUUUAACCCUCUCUCUCUCUCUCUCUUCUCUUUCUGCUCUUCUCUCGCCCUUUCUUCUUCUUCUUCUUCUUCUUCUUCUCUCUCUCUCUCCCUUCUUCUCUCCCUCCACUCUCUUCUCUUUCUUUCUUUCUUUCUUUCUUUCUUUGUCUUUUCCGUCUCUCUCUCUUCUUCUCUCUCUCCACUCUCUUCUCUUUCUUUCUUUCUUUCUUUCUUUCUUUCUUUCUUUCUUUCUUUCUUUCUUCUCUUUCUCUUUUCCGUCUCUCUCUCUCUCUCUCUCUCUCUCCCUCUCUCUUCUCUUUCUUUCUUUUUUCUUCUCUCUUUCUUUUCUCUUUUCCUUACUCUCUCUCUCUUCUCUCUCCCCACUCUCUUCUCUUUUCUUUCUUUCUUUUUUUCUUCUCUCUUCUCUUUCUCUUUUCGUCUCUCUUCCUCUUCUCUCUCUUUUCUCUCUUCUCUUUUUUUCUUUCUUUUUUCUUCUCUCUUCUCUUUUCCGUCUCUCUCCCUCUUCUCUCUCUCCACUCUCUCUUCUCUUUUUUCUUUCUUUCUUUCUUUUUUCUUCUCUCUUCUCUUUCUCUUUUCCGUCUCUCUCUCUCUCUUCUCUCUCUCUCCACUCUCUCUUCUCUUUCUUUCUUUCUUUCUUUCUUUCUUUCUUUCUUCUCUCUUCUCUUUUCCGUCUCUUUCUCUUCUCCUUCUCCACUCUCUAUUCUCGUUCUUUCUUUCUUUCUUUCUUUCUUUCUUUCUUUCUUUCUUUCUUUCUUUCUGUCUGUCUUUCUUUCUUUCUUUCUUUCUUCUCUCUUCUCUUUCUCUUUUCCGUCUCUCUCUCUCUUCUCCCUCUCUCUCCGCUCUCUCUUCUCUUUCUUUCUUUCUUUCUUUCUUUCUUUCUUUCUUUCUUCUCUUUCUCUUUUCCGUCUCUAUCUCUUCUCCUUCUCCACUCUCUCUUCUCGUUCUUUCUUUCUUUCUUCUUUCUUCUCUUCUCUUUCUCUUUUCCAUCUCUGUCUCUCUUCUCUCUCUCCACUCUUUCUUUCUUUCUUCUAUUUCUCUCUCCUCUUUCUCCUCUUCUUUCUCUUCCUCUCUUCACGCUUUUUAA